UAUAUAUAUGAUAUUAGGGUUUUAUUUUGUAAUAGCAAGCCAUGGCAGGGUUCAAGCACUUGGUGACUGUUAAGUUUAAGGAAGGUUCUGCUGUGGAUGAUAUCAUUAAAGGAAUGGAGAAACUUGUUGCUGAUGUUGAUCUUGUCAAAUCUUUUGAAUGGGGACAGGAUAUGGAAGGCCCAGAAAUGCUGACACAAGGCUACACUCAUUCUUUCUCAAUGACAUUUGACAAGAAAGAAGACUACGCUGCAUUUCAAACCCACCCUAAUCAUGUUGAAUAUUCUGCUACUUUUUCAGCUGCUAUUGAGAAAAUUCUGGUUCUUUGUUUCUCAGCCGUUCAGAUUAAACCAACUCCAUCUGCAUGAUCUGUAACAUAUAGUAUUUGAAUGGUAUUUGAAUGUUACUUGUGAUGUGAGUCCAUCAAUGUACUAUUAUUUGAUACUUAUUGUUGGCUAUUUCCUUUUAAACUCUAUGGAAUUUCAACAUCACUUGCGCUAA